AUGGGCUCAUCAGCAUCGAAACCGGCCUCUCGCGCCGCCAAUGCUGCAACAAAAGCAACACGCCAAUACCCAUCUCGCCCGUCACCCGCAACAUCCACACAGGCAGCAGCUCCCACACGAACCACAAAUGCACCAUCCCAACCUCCGCCGCCACCAGGUGCAGGCCACCGAGCAGGUCCCACAGUACACCCCCAGCCACGCGCAAGUGGCCAGCGCAACGAAGAAAUCAACCUCGACGCCUCAGACCCAGAUUUCGCCCGCUCCCUCCGUCAACUAGGCGCCGUACAACCAAACCCCACCCUCUCACCCUCUUCAACCUUUUCCGCGCAUCCAAGCUCCCACUUCCCAAACCCUUACGGUCAACAAGGAAACAAUACCACGGCACCUCCACAGCGAUUAAAUCCCGCAUUGAGAGUGCUGCAAGCUCGUGCUGAGUUGGCUGGAGAGGCAGAGCGAGAGUUUUUGGAAGCUGGAAAGAGGGGGAGUGCUGGCAGGAGGUUUUUGGAUGUGGGUACCUUGAGGAAUGUGAUUACUAUGAGAGACCAACGGGGCAUGAGUGAUGCUGAGAUCGAGAGGGGUUUGGGCCUGAGAAGUGGUACCGUAGCGAAGCUCGGUCCCAAGGGUGUCGUCGGUGUUGAGGGCAUUCUGGAAGAUUGA